AUGUCUGCUUCGAACGAUAAGCAAGAAGGUGGAGAUUUACGCAUAAGGACUACUCAAGGAGAAACAUACAUAGCUGCAACACAGAGGCCAGAUGGGACUUGGAGGAAAGCACGCCGCGUAAAGGAUGGUUACAUUCCUCAAGAAGAGCAGCCGAAAUACCAAAAUCCCACGCAAGCAGCUGUUGCAAGUCGAGGUCGAGUCGUUGUCGGAAUGACGCCACGUGAAAUGAAACAGGUUACAGCAGGACCACGACAACCUAUAGCAGCUGUAUUCAAACCAAAUGCGGCUAUUACACCACAAGAACAAAUACAGAAGAAAAUUGACAAGGUCAAGUUAAAAUUGACGGAAAUAGCCAAACUCGAAGAGCGGAUAAAAAGUGGUGAAAUCAUUCCACUUCCCAAUCAGGUGGCAAAAGUUAAUCGAAAAUCAGAAUACGAAAGCGAGAUCGAGAAGCUCACUGAAGAAAUGGAAAGAUUAUAG